GUUCAAUUUUUACGGGCAACUGAGUCAACAACAUGAAAAAAUGGAUCCUGGGGAAGAAGACGAAAACCCCAAGAAUACCAUUUCACGAAUAAUAACUGGCCCAAUAGAGUUUGUUAAAAGUUUAAUCCCAUCAUGCACUAACAAUGACGAAGAGGUUAAAGCAGUGGAGAAGGUUGGUGACAAGCUUCGCAAAAAACGAAUGAAAACUAAGCGCCGAAGUAGCGCCAUACAUAAACGAGAAUAUUCCAGUCAUGUUAGUUUGAAGACGAAACGUAUGGGAAGUAAUCGCAGUGUUGUCAGAUAUAUUGGAAGCAAUGUACCUAUCGCACCGUCGAAAAGAGAAUAUUUAGAGCUUAUUGAUCACUCGCGCAAGGCUUUUAUGUCACAUGCAUCCACAUUUAUAUCAGCUAACUUGGAUCAGAUGAGACAACAUGUGGAUCAUGUGAAGUAUCAUGUGGUCCCUACUUUGGCAGACUUGGGACAAUUGGUUUGGGAGGAUGGUUUUGAUGAAGAAGACGUUGUAGAGGAAAAUGACCAACUCACAGAAUGUGAAGAAGAAGCUGAAGAUGAAAAAUCAAAUAAAGAGGAUUCCAUCAGCAUACCCCAAUCGUCAAAACCAACAAAUGAAACCAAUAGCACCGAAGAUAAAAAAAUUUCCCAUCUUGAAGACGAACUGGCAAAACUUAGAGCUCAAAUUGCAAUGAUCGUAUCAACACAAGGAGGUGCAUCUACAACUACUGGACCCACACAACCAACUCCUGUAGCUGUUGUACCACCAACAGCAGUUGCCCCUCCACCACCACCGCCGCCGCCACCACUACCUCCACCACAAACGUUAGCUGCGACGCCAAAUACCCAGAAAUUAGUAAAAAGAAAAAAAAGCGAGGAGGAAAAACAAUACCCUGUCAUGGACGAUCUUUUAAAAGGAUUGUCAACUGUCAAAUUAAAAACAGUCGACAUCAGCAGAUCGCCAGGCGGUACUCCAUUAAAGAGGAACGUCCAACCUCGUGCAGAUUCAACAAAUCCUGCUGACAUCAUUGCCAGAGCUUUGCGAGAAAAAUUUCAGAAAUCAAGAUUAUGUUAUGAUUCGCCAGAAAAAGAUGGAAGUCCACAGUCUGGCUUUACUCCUUCUCCUGUCAGGAAACAUAAAAAAUCACCCAAGGUCCAUUCAACCUUGGUGAGACCAGUACCUCGACCUAGGCCUAAGCCGAGGACUAAAAAGCGUAUAUCGAAAACUGAAAAGAGUGAAGGAAACAAGGAUAACCAUACGACGAACAUUUCGUUCACUUAAACAACUUUUAAAAAUUUAACGUCAGCUUUUCAUCGAGUUUUUUUCGAUGUUUUAAAAGUGCAUGUCGUCCUCUUCUUUUCUACACGUUAGAAACGGAUGCAACCUUGCACUCAAGAUAUAACAGUUCAACAUACAAGUGUUUACGUGAACAGCACUGUUACGAGUAUAUGUUUUUAUAGAAUUGUUUUUGUUUGUGUACAUUUUGUAAAAUUAACAAAUGUGAUAAAUAACUAUA